AUGCACCCGGGGAAGGAAUCAGGCACCUUGUUCCGGGUUCUGCCGCAGUGCGGCGGAGUCCAUCCCGACACAGUGGUUAUCAGCGUCAAGCCUGCGCAGGACGACACCGAUCCAUCCGCCAUUAUCCGUUUCAACAUCACCCUGAUCAACCAAACCUCGGAGUUGGUGAUCGAGCGUUUGGAAGGGAAAAGCAGCCUGGUGGUCCUGUCGCCGGCGUUGAUGAGGUUGGGGAGGACGGAAGACGACCAGUGCAGGGCUCUUCUGAAUAGUCGAACACACUGCCGGUUACGGAAGGGGGCCCUGAGCUGGUGCCCUAUCCAUCGCGAAUACUAUCAGUUACUCCACAAUGAGCAACUGAUGGGUCGAAGGAUCUGCCAUGAGAAACAGAUGCGAACUUCCAUAUAUAACUGCAUCCAGACGUCGCUAGCGGCGCGUAUCAUGAUCAAUGAGAUCCUGUACGCCGGGGACAACUCGAACGGCGACCAAGUCGCCUUAUUCAACAAGACCAAGCAGAACCGGGACAUCAUAUCCCAGCAACUCUUGUCGAAUAAAUCGGACGGUUCGGGCAGGAUGUCCAUCUCGUCCAUCAUGGAUGGCCUCCUGGACCAGAUGAAGGAGAGGGAGAACAGUCCGGAAUCCCACGAUGUGUGGCAGGAUGCGCUGGUCGUGAACAUUCUCGACGUGUACGCUAUCACGCAAACGCCCCAAGUCGGGGGCCGGUUGUCGUCGGUAUUCCAGUUCGGCGAGGCGGCCUGUCCUUCCAAGAUGCGUGACCGCCUCUUUGAAGAAGCCGAGCGCCACGGGAAUCUACCCGACCUGUCACAGCUAUCAUCACCGCCCCCCGGGGUCCCAAAACCAUUGACUAAGGAGGAGCAAAAGGCAUAUUGGGACGAGGAUUCUUCGUAAUAGCCCUGCCGGCCGGGCACUAUGGAUCUGUAACGGUCACAAAUCAAAAGUAAGAUGGAGGACCCCGUGUAGGAGGAAUUCCAGGUAGAGUACGGGCACCAGUCACACCACCACUCACUGGGGCUGAUUCAUGAAAUAGAAACUAGUUGGUUGCUGU